CGCAUUCACACCCGCGCUCGCAGGCGAGGCGCCCCCGAGAGCCAAGGAAUUUGUUCGGACUGCCACUCGGCUUCGUGAAUGUGUUGUUCUGUCAGUUGCUCCCGCGGGAGGUGUGCAGAAAUGCCUCUUGCGGGGAGGAGGGUGCGUGGCAAUUUCGGAGGACCUUGCCCUUCCUGUAAGUGUGUCAGCCUUUUCUCUCGACGCGGAUUCGACGCGAAUUCGGUUUGGACGCAUGGAUUCGGGAAGGAGUCCAGGGUGCUUCGGCUUGAAUGGCGACGCGAUGGGACAGACAAUGCGCCCCGAAGAUGCAACAUGAACAUGGGAUGGGAGGACACGAGGUGGAAAUCAAGGAGCAGGGGCGCGCCUGAUCUAAGGCGAUCCCCUCUGUUUCCGUGUCCAACGUCAGCUUCUGGAGCAUCGGGGUAUUGGAUGCGACCAUCCGGGACAUCGUCCUGCCAUGGUACGGGUGGGCGUUGCACCGCUGCCUCUUCGGGCGCAUCGAGAAUCAGCCGCUGGCUGGUGUACCCUUUCGAGCCAUCAACGGAGCGUACAAGUCUGCGCUUGCCGAGCUGGUCUCCGUCGUCGAAGGCCUCGGCUUUCCCUACGUCCCCAUCCAGGGCACGCUGAUCUCGCUGCUGCGCUACGGCGACUUCCCCGCAGGCUUGCUGAGUGGCGGUAAAGAGGAUGUGGUGGACAACGAUGCCGAGCUGAUGAUUCUUCUCGAUCCUGAGCUCGAUCACUCGAGAGGUCGGCGCGCUGAUCUCGCUCGGCCUGGAGGCGCUGGACUGGCCCCCGUGCGAGAACUCGCACUUCCGGAAGAUGGUGUGCUUCAGCCUGCGGCACAGGUUCCCCUGCAAGCUGGAGCUCUACUUCUACGCGGUGCACGCCGGCCAGGGCAGCCCCGCAGUCAGCCCCACCGCUGCUUCCCCGACGGCCGCUGCGCCUUCGACCCCGGGGCGUCCCCGCUCCAGCGCUGGGGCGGGCAGCUGCCCGUGGACGUCGUGUUCCCCCUGCGGCAGUGCCGCCUCGGGAGCCCCGGCGCCCGCGUGAGCUGCCCGAGCAGGCCGGUGGAGAUGCUGCAGGGCUGGAACAGCAACGCGUACGUGCAGGCCAAGUCCGACUCGUGCCUGGCGCUGCCGGUGCUGUCCAGGGCCCGCGCCUACAGCGACUCGCGCAACGAGCGCCUGAUGCAGGAGGGGCUCUCUCCCGGCGACGUCCGCCUGCUGCGCGGCUAUCUGUGCGCGCUCUCUUCACGCCCAGGGGCUCGCGUCUUUUCAUGAGCAUCUGGGGGACGAGGCCUGCGUAAAGCGGCAGCGGCAGAUCGAGACGGGCGGCGCCCACGCGGGUCUCUCCCAGCUCUAGCGGUCGGCCCUGGCCUGCUGGAUCGCGGCGCGGCCCUGCGGCAGACAAAACGAAAAGAGCGGCCACACAGAACUGAGCUACCCCAGGCUUGAUUUCCUCGGCGCAUCUUCAGGAUAGUACGACCUAUAAUGUCUUCAGAUCUUCGAGCGCGCGACGCAUCUCCCAUGGAUUCGACGAGAGAAGAAGCUCUGAGGCAAAUCAAGUAUGUAGUCGACCCCCUACUGGAAUGCUGUUGUCUGCGUCGAAGGGAAAGGCGCAUUCGAUUGCACCCUUGGUGCUCCGCGUAGCUACAACGCUCGUCCUGGCAGUUGUCCUGGCAUUUCGCGACUUGGUUGCUCAGCACGACGCAGCACAUUCUAGGGCAGCCUUGACGGGAUAGUUGCAAGCUACGUCACGUUGUUGCAGCCGUCCGGAAUCUUUCUAGUAUACCGACUGUCGUUGCAGACUAGCGACUAG